AUGAAGCAGCAAGGUAUAAAGCACCUUCUUUGUACCAACACUGUUUCUGAUUUUACCUCGCCAUCAACACACUCGUUCCCUUCGAAGAAUCCGUCAAUCUUUCGACUACCAGUCUCUCUUUCAAAGGAGUCACGGUCACUCAUUUCUUUGGUUAUCGAGGUCUACUGUCGAAAGGAGAAGAGUAUAGAGCAUACUGGUUAUCUCAAAAUGUUCUUCAGCCUCAAGCCCAUCAUCAUCCUAGCCCUGACUCUCACUGCGAUUGCCAGCCCCAUCACCAACCCGACAGUUGAGGAGACCAAUAUACUCGUCACCCGCGCCCAAAAGAAGGAUGUUGACUGUAAUGGGCAGAGAUUCACUGUGGCAGAUAUCAACAACGCCCUCCGUCAGGCUAAGGUCGUCGAAAAAGCCAAAGAGGAUGGAGCCACCGACUACGGUGACUAUCCCAAAGUGAACAAUAAUCACGAAAACCUCUUCAGUUCCACCAGCACACUUUAUGAGUAUCCCCUGGUAUCCGGGACCUUUAGUGGAAAGAAUGGCCUCCGUCCGGGCUUAUACCGUGUAAUCAUGAAUGAGAAAUACAACUAUAUGGGAUCAGUAUAUCACGUUGCGGGUGUGAGUAAUGCUUUCAAGAAGUGCACAAACGUCGAAAGCCCUUCCACUACCACGACUACCACCACGACUACUACUACGGCCACUGCCAAGGCUACUACUAAAGCUAGUAGCAGCAAGACCGGCAGCACGUCUGGCAACAAGUCUGGCAGCAAGUCUGGUAAGAAGUCCAGCACCAAGAGUGGUUCACAUUAG